AUGAAGACUGGGCUGCUUGCCGGUCACCACCUGCUCUUGCACCGGGCCACCAUCAACCUGAACCUUUCCCCGAACUGGUCAACCUUCCAAGCCGUCCUCGUGCACCGCGCACCUCCGCGAGCUCAUGUACACAACUCUGCCCCCAAGUGCGCCGCUUUCCCAAUCGAAGCACUCCACGACGAAGACGUCAUGUUUGGCAGGGCAGUCCAAGCAAAGGCCGCCGAGGCCAACAACAACAACAACAACAAGCCGAAGCCCGGUGCUUCGUCAAUAAACAACAACGCUUCCCUGAAGCAGCAACUCUUUCCCUCUAGCAGUCCCGCACGCGCCCCCUCAGCCGCCUCUCAGUCUAGGACAUCCGUCGCCGACAUGUUCAAGAAACCUGGGUUCGGUGGUACCUCUAGCGGUGCCAUUUCCGCCAGUUCAAGGCCUUCAGCGACUAACGGCCCGUUGACGACUCGACCCACCAAUAGUCCUCCGCGACCACUUCCCAACUACGGCGGCAGUAGCAAAGCGUUCGCGUCGCUCUACAACGCUUCCGAUUCCUUCAAUGAUACCCCAGAUGUGAUUGAUCUCACUAUGCAAACAACAAAGCGACCCCAGCACGAUUUGACUUCCUCAGUAUACAUUGAGGAUGACGAUUUCAGCGAUGACGAGAACCUCGACUUGGACUUCGAAGCCCCAUCCGCCUUGCCAGACCUCCCAACUGGGCGGAUAAGCCUUGAAGAGCAUAGGGUGCAAAGGCAACAGGAGGAGGAAGCGAAAGAAGUUCGAUUCCGCGAGCCCCCGCCAGGGACCUAUACCAGUGUUCUUUCUUGGUCGGAGUCUUCGCCAUCGCAUCUUCAACCCCCCAAGCGCGAGCUGAACCCCCCUCCCAAUACCAACACGAAACGCGACCGCCUACAAGACGAUGACUUCGACUUCGAUCCGCCCGCCGCUGUGAAGAAACCAAAGCGCGAGCUACCUUGGAUGAGGGAACCGGAACCAAAGGAGGAAGAGUGGAAACAUGCCGAAGAAUACCUACAAGAGAAGAGCGGAUAUGCUCCCACGCCGGAAUCGAAGCCCAAGGGGUCCAUGCUAUGGAACACUACGGCAAGCGCAGUCAAGGAGCAGAAGAAGCAGCUCAAAGACAGGCAAAAGUCUUCUUCGGUCGCUCCCAAGACGGAAAUACCCAUGGACGAGAUCAAGAAGGUCGUUUCGUCCCACCUUAGCAAGGCGUCAGCCAUUACAUUGAGCGGCGAGCAGCUUCACGUGAAGAGCUUGGUGUCCAUCACCAAAUUUGCGUACAAGACUCCGUCUGUCGCCCAGACGAUUGCGAGGCAGCAGCAGAGAAGAGAGGUGAUUGACAUUGAGGACGAGGAGGAGAGGAUGGCAGGAUACGGUUGAUGGUCCACAUUAGCGAGCGAGGAUCAUAAAAAGGAAGGGACAUCAUCAUGGCAGCAUCAGGCGGUGUUAUGGUUGACUUGACUGUUAUUUUGGGCGUCAUCAAGGUCGUUGAACCGAAGGUUGGCUUUGGUUUAGUGUAUCGGUUAGGUGGACAUGUUUAUGGAAAAAGGUGGCCCCAGGUGAGCUGGUACUUGGGAGCUGGGACAACAACUCAUACCCUACUUAUGGACCUAGACGGUCUCGAACAGAGGAGCGUGCAGUCAGCGGCGGAUAGUAAGCUGGCAGAUAUCGCGAUGAUCAUGGCGGGGUAUAUCUCCUCUCGGUUAUCCCUUGUUGUAAAAAGCUGUAAGAAAGAUGAGCAUCCAGAUGCACAUAUAGCGGUACCUGUAGAUCUAGGCUCGCGUGGCAUUAUUCACAACAACUCCUUUCU